ACUUAUUUUCGAAUCGAAUGCUAGACAACAUAGCCUUUCUUUUGAGUUCUAGCAGUGCCAGUGGCAUGGACGAGCGCUCUCGUUGACGUUGAUAUUCGUAAGGCAGUCGAUUCGGGAAAAAGUGCUGUUGGUAGUUUAAAACUAUUUUAAAGAAAUUUGUUCUUUGUUCCGCGGGGUUUUUGUUUAUUCGUUGUUGUACAGAAAAUGUGGGAAAGCUAACAGCAUGGAGAAACUCCAUGUAACAGUUGUGCUGAUAUUUAUGCUUCUGGGAUGGCGCGAUUUAGCGAACGCACUCCGCUGUCACCAAUGUGCGGUGGCGAAGUGUGGAACGUCCGAGGAGCUGGUGGAGUGCAGCGAAAAGGUGGUAAACAACCUCUACCAACGGAUGCUACCGAUGGCCAAUCUAUUUGCCCAGUCGACCACCUAUGGAAUGUACAGCUGCUUCAAGGUCACACUGUCCAACGGUAACAGGACGGCCAUGGUCAAGGGUUGUACCUACCGGGAGUCCAACAUCUGCACCGGAUGGAACGCGGGCAUCACCGUCGAAGAGUGCAUCCUGUGCAACGCAUCCGAUUACUGCAAUGGGUUCGAAUCCGUAAUGGGGUCAAAUGGAUCGGAACCGCGGGUGCGGACUGGUUGGAGUCGGAUGACGGUCACCACGAUUGGCGUUGCAGUAUUGUUUGCAAUUCAAAAUAGAUUGGUUUUGAGCCAAUUCACAUUGCGGUGAAAGGGGCUGUUGGUUUCCUGGCGACAUAUGGCACGACCAAUAAAAUGUGAUUGAAUAAAGUUUAAAAUUGUGUCGAAAGGAAAAUCAAAUUGAAUGAAGAAGUAAAAAUGGUUUAUUGAUA